GUCUCAUGACUCUCCCCGGGCGGGGCGCACUCUGGCCGGACUGACUUGUUGGAGCCUCCAGUGAGGAAAAAAAAGUGACAGGCUGCCCGGGGGAGGACGUGCUGACACCGGGGAGCAGGGAUGGAGGCCGGUUCGGUGGUUCGCGCAGUGUUUGACUUUUGCCCCAGUGUGUCCGAGGAGCUGACGCUCUUUGCUGGAGACGUCAUUGAAGUUCUCAGUGCGAUAGAUGAAUUCUGGCUAUUGGGGAGUAAAGAAGGGAUCACAGGGCAGUUUCCUGUAAGUUUUGUGGAAGCGCUGGCGAUCCCGACUGUGAAGCACGGAGAGAAGCUGUACGUCAGUAUAAGUGACUUUACCUCCCAUGAGCCUGGAGCCCUCUGCCUCCAAAGAGGAGAUCUGGUGGUGUUGGAGGGAUCCUUGGCUUCUAGUUGGCUGCAGGGUAGGAACUGUUGGGGUGCAAGAGGGUUUUUCCCACUAUCAUGUAUAAAAGAAUUCUUCCUGUCAUCUAGAAGCCGUCAGCUUUGCCAGAAUAGAAGUGUGGAACUCCCCAGUUAUGCCAUUGGCCAGGCAAAGGCAAUAUUGGGCCUUUCGGCACAGCUAGAAGAAGAGUUAGACUUCCGGGAAGGAGACCUCAUCACAAUAAUUGGGGUUCCAGAACCUGGUUGGUUUGAGGGGGAACUAAAUGGAAGAAGAGGAAUUUUCCCAGAAGGUUUUGUGGAGCUGUUGAUUCCUUUAAGAGUUCCUGAUAAUGGACUCCCUUCAGAUGAAGAGAGAGAAGACUUUCUUCAUGAUAGGUCACCAGAAAUAAUCAAUGAGAGGGACAAUGGUAAAAUUAUAGAAAAUGAGGAACAAGAAGGGACGUUUGCAGUUGCCCUUUACAGAUUCCAGGCUAUGGAGCAAAGAGAACUUGACUUUGAUGUUGGAGACCGAAUUCGAAUAAUCAGAACAUUGGAAGAUGGGUGGUUGGAGGGUGAGUUGUAUGGAAAUAGGGGAAUAUUUCCUUAUAGAUUUGUAAAAAUAGAGACUAAAGAAAAAACUUAUGAGGAGCCGCCAGUGGUUUCAGAAAUGUCAGACUCAAAUCCUCCUGUAAAUUAUCUCGACAUGUCCUCUACACGUGAAGUCAGCGGAACUGAUCCACAUUAUUGGGAUGUCCACAUAGACAAUCCACCAUUAGCAUCAACAGCUCAAGAAACUCAAGACACAAUGCAAAGUCCAGAGACUAGUAAUAGUAACAAAGAAGCUAGACACAGUCACUAUGAAACAAUCAGUAACUCUUCUGCAAAACCCCAGCUACCUCCUCGACCACAGAGUAAAAUUUAUAAUCCUCCGCCAUCCCAAACCGUGGUGCAAAGGCCUAAGGAGCACAAUACGUUUACAACGCAGGUUGAAGAAAGUAGAGGUAGAACCUGUUUGUCCAAUGGAGCUCAAGAAAAAUGGUCAUCCAAGAAAUCAUUGUCUUUAAUGAUGACAGAUGACAUUUUCUCAGCUGAGGACCGUGUCAAUGAAAGGGCAAAAAACAAAAACAGAAAAAACAGUCUUCCGCUUCAAGAUCUUGUGCAUUGGGUGGAGGACCAUAGGCGAAAACCAAAGACUAUGUCUAAAGAGAAAUGUAAUAACCCAAGUUCUUGGUCAAAUCUAUGGACAACAGGGCAAGAAAGCUCAGCAAAUGACAAUACUGGGCCGGAUUUAAUUGACUUGGACUCUAAGCUUACUGAUCAACUUUCUCAAUUUGAAAAAAGUCUUUCCAACCCUCGGAAGAAUGGUAACAACAAAGUAUCUCGACAUUUUUCGAUACUGGAUUACAAUUCUGAAACCGACAUAAUUCGGGGAUCACCACAGCUGUCAAAGCAUCAGAAGUCUCCAGAAAAAUUUAGAGCCUUAAGACCUCCACCACCGCGCCCCAUCUCCAAAUCGAAUUCUUGUUCCAAAUUUAAUUCUUCUAGAUAUAAUGUACCCAAGUCCAGCUCCUCCUCUUAUUUAUCUCCAAAUCAAAACCCAAGAAAUGAAAAUGUAGAGGCUACACCCCCACCCCUUGCUCUCCGACCAGCCAGACCUGCACCUUUGCCACCACCCCAUAGUCAAAGAAACACCCCAUCUCCAAAACCACUUCCUAGAGAGGACACAACACCCAAUGACAACUUUUUGCUAUCAGACAUCCCUGAUUUGUUGGAUGCCCCUGAUGACUUGGAAGAGGUAGAUCCAGGCACCCCUUGUCCAUUUUUGCUCUUGAAGAUAGAAGAUGUGGAGCAGGAACUUGAAGUGUACAGAAACACCCGUGAAGAGCUUUGUCAGAUGCUUGAGGAUGAAGACCAGGACGACACAACGAGAGCCGAGACUAUUGAGAAUUUGGAUUUUUGUGACUCCAACAUUGAAAACUUGAACAUGGAGCUACAGCAGUUAAGAGACAUGACGCUGUUGUCCUCGCAACCCGAAACCCUGGAAGAGAGUCCAUCUGCCGCGUCUACCACCGAGAACUCUGAGACGAGGAUGCUGGAGAAAAGGUCGAAGGUCAUCGAGGAACUGUUACAGACCGAGCAGGACUACCUGAGAGACCUGGAAACAUGCGUGGAGCACAUCAUGCUCCCCCUACAGGCCACCCAAAUGACAAAUGUGGAUUUUGAUGUUCUGUUUGGGAACAUCGAUUCAGUGAUCAGUGUGACGAAGACAUUAUUGGGAGCGCUGGAGAACUGCGACUCUGUCGGUUUGAUUUUCCUUGAGCACCGCAUGGAGCUGGAGUCCGUGUACAAGGAGUAUUGCCAGAAUCACGAGGAGACCAUUGCUCUGCUGGAGACCUAUGAGAAAAACGAGAAGUUCCAGAGAAGCCUGCAGGAGUGUAUUGAGACUGUAAAGAGCCUAUACCAAGAAUGGGGCCGCACCAACUAUAUAAACCUGGGUUCGUUUCUCAUUAAGCCUGUGCAGAGGAUAAUGCGCUACCCUUUACUUCUCAUGGAGCUCCAAGGGGCCACCCCCGAGUCUCACCCGGACAAGAACCCCAUAAAAGACGCGGUACGGGCAGUGAAGGAUAUUAACGUCAACAUUAAUGAAUACAAACGGAGAAAGGAUCUGGUCGUAAAAUACCGAAAAGGAGAUGAGGAGAGUCUAAUAGACAAGAUAUACAAACUAAACAUCCACUCCAUCAUUAAAAAAUCCAACCGGGUGAGCAGCCACUUGAAGCAUCUCACCGGACUCGCUCCUCAGAUCAAAGACGAAGCAUUUGAGGAGACGGAGAAGAACUUCAGAAUGCAGGAGCGGCUGAUCAAGUCCUUCAUCCGUGACCUCUCUGUCUAUCUGCAGCACAUCAGGGAAUCUGCCUGCGUGAAAGUUCUGGCUGCCAUGAGUAUGUGGGAUUUAUACACAGACAAAGGAACCAGUGACCUGGAGAAGUUUCAGAAGGCUCAUCGUCACAUCAGCGAGAAGCUGUUCACAGACUUUAAAGAAAGAACAGAGAAGUUGGUGAUCUCCCCCUUGAAUCAGCUCCUUACGAUGUUUGCCGGGCCUCACAAGCUGGUGCAGAAACGCUUUGACAAGCUCUUGGACUAUCACAACUGCACAGAGCGGGCAGAGAAACUGAAGGAUAAGAAGACACUGGAGGAGCUGCAGUCAGCCAGGAACAACUAUGAAGCACUGAACGCACAGCUCCUGGAUGAGCUGCCAAAAUUUCACAGUUACGCAAAGGAGUUAUUUGCGAGCUGCGUCCGCGGCUACGCCAAUGCGCAUUGUGACUUUGUGAAACUCGCCUUGGAAGAAUUAAAACCACUUCUGUCGCUUUUGGGAAUUGGAGGAAGAGAAGGGAACCUCAUUGCGUUAUUCCAGGAAGAGCAUAGCAAGGUUCUACAACAGCUCCAGGUCUUCACUUUCUUCCCUGAGAAUCCUCCCCUGGUCAAGAAGCCUUUUGAGAGGAAAACUAUUGAGCGCCAGUCUGCUAGAAAGACUGUCCCAAGCCCGGCCAAAUACAUCCCGCAGUUGGAUGAACAUCGGGCGCUCUUACUCGCUAGGUACCCGCCUGAAAAACUUUACCAGGCUGAUCGCAACUUUAAUGCUGCCCAGGAUCUGGAUGUUUGUGUUCAGGAGGGGGAUCUUGUUGGUGUAAUAAAACAGCAGGACCCAAUGGGUAGUCAGAAUCGGUGGCUGGUAGACAAUGGAGUGACUAAAGGUUUUGUAUACAGCUCCUUCCUGAAGCCAUACAACACCCGGCAAAGCCAUUCAGACGCAUCAAUAGGCAGUCAUUCCUCCAACGAGUCUGGCUAUGGAGGAUCCUCUCCCAAUUUCUCAAGGCAGAACAGCAACAGCACUUUAACCAUCAAUGCGAAUGUCGGCUCUGUGAGUUUCACCAGUGCUUCCAAUACAAAAUCUUCAAUGGAGUCCUCAGUGCUGCCAGGCGGUCACCUGGACUCCAACGCUGCUUCCAAAUCUAGUUAUUCAGUUGAUGGGAAAAGGUGGACUGAAAAAGACUCGGGUCCACAACCACGAGACAUGGAAAAGGAGGACAUGACUACCAAGGACUGUGCCGAACAGAGCGACCCUAAACGAAGGGGGAGUCAACCCAAGAAUGGAAGUGUCUCCACAUUACAGGACAAUGGAGACAAAGGGAUGAACACUGCUAAUCGUAAAAUGUAUAGAACAAAGACUCCUUCACCCAUGGGAAGUGACUUGGAGGCAGAGGGAUGUGAUUUAGAAGGAAACCAGGUGUAUUAUGCGGUUUACUCCUUUAAAGCGCGCUCUCCAAAUGAACUCUCGCUCACAGCCAAUCAGAGACUCAAGAUCCUGGAAUUCCGAGAUAUGAAUGGAAAUGGUGAAUGGUGGUUGGCCGAAGUAGAAGGAAGGCGGGGCUAUGUGCCAUCCAACUACAUCCGUAAGACAGAGUACACGUGAGAUCGAGUCCCCGCAGAGGCCAAUACCUUGAAUUCUUUCCAACCCUUAGGACAGCAUCUGUGCCUUUUUUUUCCUGAAAUGACUUUUUACAUUUUAAUUUUUUUUUGCUGCUGAAAUCACUUGAACACUAUUAAAAGAGAAUGUGGUUUUAUAUAAUAGGACUUGGUAUCAACUAGUACGUCCAUACUAAGCGAAAAGUGGUUUGAGGGCCUUAGUUUGGCAUUUGGCUGGUGUUUUGUACCAACGCAGGGAGUAUAGUGAUCAAUUAUGGCCCGCUUAUUCCGGUGUGGUCCACAUGGGCAACCAUUGGUGUUCCACUAGCACGUAUACUGGCAGAACUUGCAAGCUAAGGUCUUGAUGGGAUCUGUGGGGGUUGGCUAUUGAGGAUGAAGAGGGUGCAGUCGUACCCCGGCCCCCGGUGCCUGUAUAGGAAAACACCAGUAUUGUAGAUGACCAUGAUAGGCAGGGAGGCCUGUUACAGAUUCGGGGCCCACAUUUCACUUCUAUGGUCACCCCUGGUUUAGAGCUUCCAUAGAUAUUUACUUUUGAUAUGCUGAUAUCACAAUCCAGUAGGUAAGGUGCUGUCUUUGACUUGAAAGUUAAUAAAAAACCCAUAUUUGACCACCAUAUUUGGAAGGGAACAUCUGGUAACAUGUUGCAUUAGGUUAGAAAAACAUGGCUGCUUUCUUGCUAUUACAGCACCACACCCGUCCAUAGGUUGUGUCCCAUAUUCAAAUGAAUAAGGCGAAGUUGCAAUACUACAGACAACCUGUAGACAAAGGUGGCGCUUUUAUGGAAGAAACCAGUCAAUUUAUUUUUCCCAAUCCUAGGCAAGCAGUAAAGCAAGACACACUUGUUCUGAUAAGAUAUUGCAUUAUAGUCUUUAUAUUCAGACAGUUUGCUGUGCUCUGAUUGGUUGAUAGAUCAAAGUGGCGUGGGCAGCCAACGUGGGUACUCCAUGGGUGGGAGUUGUGGCACUUAACUUAAUUUAAAUGGAAAUAUUUAAGAAUGCAUCUUGAAAAAACAACACAAACUCUGUUUUAUUUUUUUCCCAUUAAAAAAUGACUUUUUCAGGGAACAUCCGCUAGAUACCAGUUCUAUUCUCUCCGCUGUGUGGUGCUGAUUGCCGAUUGCAAAGCAGUAUUACUAUUCUGUUUUUUUUUCGGAAUUUUUUGAGAGGGAUUCAUAACACCAGCUGCUUCGAAGGACCACAUUUCAAAGGGGGCCGUGCAAGAUGUGAAAAAAAAAAAAAAGUGCCUGCUUUCUUAAAGAAACAGCGCCACACCAGUCCACAGGCUGUGUGCGGUAUUGCAGCUUUUUGCAUCAUUGAAGUGUAUUCUGGACUGAGCUACAGGUGUGAUGCUGUUCUCAGACAAAAGCAGCUUUUAAGAUCCUGUGACAGACCUCCAUGUUGUUUUUCAAGGACUCCGGUCCUAUAUAUAGCCCUGAUGUUCUACCUACGCCAUACCGGCUUAAUACUGUCGCUAUUGUCAUGCAUGGCCGAUAGAUAUAAAUAGGUGUCGUCCAUAACCCAAAAUUGAGGUUGAAUGCAAUUUCAAUAGACCGAGAUUGUGGUCAGCUAGAACUGGCUGCUACAGACACGUCAAAGGGUUCUUUAUGGUGAAUUUUUGGGGUCGUGAAAUAAAAAAUAAUAAUAAUAAUAAUA